UAUAAACAUCAAGAUUUUUGCUUGCAUAUACCCGUUCUCCCAUAUAUAUUUUAUUUAUAAAUUUAUUUAUAAAUUAAAUUUUUUAUUUGUGUGGCGAUAAUUCAGUACGCGGCGCAUCUGUGUUGGCUUGGCUAAUGAUGUUUGGUGAUUGUACUGAAACGAAAGAAGAAAUGACAAUUGAUAGCAGAGAUUCAAAACAACUGGAUAUUGAUCACUUUACUGAUGAUGAAAUCAGUUUGAGAGAUACACAAUUAAUAUCAAUAAAUGAAUUCAAAAAUGACUUGGAUGACUUGUCAUCAGAACUAAUAGAAACUAAGAGUAAAUCUGCAAUGAAUAUCAAUUUAGUAGAUAAAUCAAGCAAUCCUAUAAUAAUGGAUGUGUCACAUGAAUUAACAAUGAGUUCAGAGGAUUCAUCCAAAGAAGUUGCAGAAAUGAAGUGUGAACUUAAUGAAAAUAAAUCUGAACAUUCUGAAGUGAUGACUAAAAUUGACAGAAGUCUUACUCCAAGUCCUAACAUGGAAUUACCAGCCAACAAAUCGAAUUCCACUUCACCCUUGAACACAAUGCCAAAGUUACGUCUAAAUACAUUAUUAGCAUCUGAUCCAGCAAUGAAACCAGAUGCCAGAGAUCUUAAAUCUCUACAUCAAGAAACUCAAUCGAAUAAUCCCUUAUCAAAUAUGCUGGUGCAACCAAAAAUUCAACAAGAUGACAUUACAACAAUGCUUGCGGCUGCACAAUCUCCAGCUUUAGUGAAAUCGGUCUUAAAGUCAACUUCAAGUGUAGAGGUACCGCCUAGAAUGAAAGUUUUUAUGUGCUUGCCAUGUGGUAUAGGCUUUAGUUCGCCAUCGACGCUAGAAGCUCAUCAGGCUUAUUAUUGUUCACACCGAAACAAGGAGGUCGAUAAAGAAGGCUCUUCAUUAUCAUCUGUUGCUAUGGGUGAUAAAAAUGCAUCUUUAGUGGCAUCGACCGUGCUUAAUAAUAUGUCCGGCUCUAAUGCCGCAGCCAGUGGUGAACCUGCAACCAAAUCAAUUAAGACUGGGAAGCAAUAUGUUUGUACGCAAUGUUCAUACAGCGCGGAUAAGAAAGUUUCAUUGAAUCGUCAUAUGCGUAUGCACCAGACUUCUCCUUCUUCAACACCUAGCUCGAAUGCCUCGAAUGGUGGCGGAUACGAUGAAAGUUCUAGUCAACAAAUAGAUCGCUAUUGUAGCGAUUGUGAUAUUAGAUUUAACAAUGUCAAAACAUAUCGUGCACACAAGCAGCACUACUGUAGCUCAAGGCGGACUGAAGGGCAAUUGACACCAAAACUUGAAGAAAUUACAACAAAUAACAUUAAGAACGCUACUGUAAGCGGCAUAAUAAGUCCUCAAUCUCGCUCUAAGACACCGGUAACGGGAAUAGCAGUGCCAGCAUCAGGUGCAACUUCAGUGCCAGUUACGCCACAUCCAUUUUUGGCCCUUCCGACAAAUCCAAUAUUAAUUAUUCCUUAUUCUAUAAUACGAGCAGCAAGCAUUUUUCCAGGUCCACUGACGACAUCUUCCUCAAACUUGGCAAACCAUGAAAACACCUGCUUUACAUUAGAAAAUGGCGCUUUAAAACCCUUAGCAUCUGCUUUAAAUAUUGAUGUUGGAAGUACACUAAGCCCACAAAACAGUACGAAUAUCACAAGUACUGUGAACGAGGGCUCUACGAAUAAUUCUUCAAGCGAACAAACAUUUAAUGAAUCUCUCUUAAUGGAAAAAAAUAUCGCCGAGGUUGAUGCACAAACUAACAGAAAAGAUAUACGCGACCAAACACCUCUGGAUUUGUCACUACGUCGCUCCCCCAUAAAUGCGAUUUUGCAACGUCAUCGUUUUUUGGAAUCGGAACAACAACGGUUUGAAAUAGAAACUUUGCUAGAGGCUGGUAAAGAAAAUUUGUCAUUGGACGAAAGCGGUACCCUAACACCGGAACAAAUCGUUUGUGCUCCAUCGUUACCAAACAGCCCUUCUAUGAGUCCAUCUCCUAAACGUCGCUUAAUUAGCCCUAGAAGUUCCAGUGCAAGCAGUACUUCGUCAGUAACACCCCCUGACAACGCUUCAACUGCUUCAUUGGCAGCUAUAGCUGCAUCCACUAUGCUGGAAAAUUUACCAUUGCGUUCAAUAUUACCAGCAGAUAUCGCAUUAAAGCUAUCCAAAUCAAAUAUAAUAAACCCUUUAUUAGCUAAGCAAAACCUAGAGCUCGCGCUAAAGUUAUCAGCAGCAGCCGCAGCAGCAGUUAAUUCAUCGUCCGUUGCUGCUAUGGCAAGUGGGAACAAUUCAUCAGUCUUAGGUUUACCUAUUUUACAGAACACUGCUGCCGCAAGUGGAGCGACUCAACCCCAAAUAUACGUUAAGCAAGGAGUUUCAAAAUGCAAGGAAUGUAACAUUGUCUUCUGUAAAUAUGAAAAUUACUUAGCACACAAACAGCAUUACUGUUCUGCUCGAAAUCAUGAGACAAGUGAUACUGAUGUCAAAGUCUCGAAGACGCCGCCAUUAGUAGCUGGAACCGCAACAACAGAAACGACGCCUGUUGCAUACCAGCAACUUAUUUGCGCCGCUUGCGGUAUUAAGUAUACUUCACUUGACAAUUUGAGAGCUCACCAAAACUAUUAUUGCCCGAAAGGUAAUUUGGCAGCAAGUGCAACAGUCUCAUCUACCAGUGGAGUAGCGACUACUGGUAGCGACUCCGAAGAAGUGGACACAACAAAAGUGAAAUGUACCAAAUGUAAAACAAUUCAUGAAGUUGGGAUGCCAUGUCCUCUACCAUCAAAUCUCCAACAACAAAAUACCCCACAAUCAAUACCAGGGCCAUCAAAUAUUACUAAUCUCAACCAAAAUACUUAUAAAUGCCUCGUUUGUGAUGUUGUCAGUAUUACAGCUAACGAAAGCCGUAAACACAUGGAAACCCAUGGGACUGUAAAAGCUUUUCGUUGCAUCAUAUGUCGAUACAAAGGCAACACGCUGCGUGGAAUGCGAACACAUAUCCGUAUGCAUUUCGAUAAGAAAACUACAGACUUUAAUGAAGAGAACUAUAUGUUAUGUAUAAUGGAAGAUGAAAAUGUCGAAAUGACCAGAUCAACUCCAAUCAAUCAAGAACAAAUUCUACAGCAACAACAACAAUCGUUUAAUUGUGAAAUUUGCAAUUAUUCCUCGUCAUAUAAAGGAAAUGUCUUACGUCACAUAAGAUUGGUACAUUCACAUGCAAAUAUUUCAGAAUCGCUAGCAGCUUCGCCAGAAUUGGGAGAUCUAGAUAUAUCUGAAGAGAACUCAGUAAAGAACAGUUUCAAUGGUGAUAAUGGAAUUCAAGAUUUUACAAUUAAGACAGAACCUGUUGAUCACUCAGCAAUAGCACAGGACAAUAAUUUACAAAAAACUAUUUCUGGAUCUCAAUUAUCAGCAGCAACCACAUCAAUUUUACCGAAUACGACAAACACGUGCACAGAAUUAAUUCAACAAAUAAAGUCUGAACCCAUGGAUGUUACGCUAGAGGACACAAAUUCUUUAUUAACGAAGCCAACACAAUCGUUAAGUCAAAUUGCCGGACAGUCAACUCAUCUGAAUACAAACACAGAAGAAAAUCUGGCGAAUUCGGCAAUGUUGAACAAAAAGUAUUGCCAGACUUGCGAUAUCUCAUUCAAUUAUAUGAAAACAUUCUUAGCUCACAAACAAUUUUACUGCAAAAAUAAAAUAAGACGGCCCGAAGCUAACCAAAGCCCCAGUCCAACAGCAAAUACGUCACCUGCAUUUGUAACGACUUCAGCGACAACCACAGUCGCUGUAGCGAUGAGAUCGCCGGGUUCGCCUAUGUUGCAGAAAAACGAGGACAGUUUGCAACAAGAGGGAGCCAUUUGAUGAAAAAGUGAAGUUUGCUUCUUACGUAAACAAUGGAAUUGGUACUCUUAGUUUUUUUUUUUUAUUAUUUCUUAUCUUAUAAUUUGCAUUUUUAAUUACUUAAACACUUAAAUCCAAGAAGUGCUAGGCCAUUUUGUUCUGGCUAGAAAUAAUAAUAAAUAUAUAUUUAACUGAAAUUUUAAAAUUGCUUUAUUAUCGGCCAUAAAGCUUCAUCAGAUAUCAAAAAGAUAUGUAAUCUUACGUAAAAAGAAUUGAUAUAAAGUUUUAGUGUUAAAAUAUAAUUCAAUAGAUUCAGACAGUAGUUAAAGCUUCAGGGCUAGCAGACACACAUUAUAUAAAUAGAUGAGUGUGCAGUUAUGUGCUCGAUAACCAAAAAAAUGGAAAAAACAUACAGUAUUUUUUGAAAUCUCUAAGUAGAAAAAUUAAGCUAAUAUUAACUAUAACUAAUUUCACUAUGUGAUGUGAAAGUUAUUUGUCCAUGGUCCACUUUAUUAUAAUAAAAUAAUUGCGCAGGUCGCAUAAAAUGUGUUAAACAAAUGUUAUACAUAAAUCUGUUGCAAAAAUUUUGUUCUUUCAUAUAUUCUAUGCAAAUCAUUUUAAAUAACUAUUAGCAGUUAUAUUUUCGAAUAUCUUCGAAAAGCCUUAAGUAUUUUCGAGUAACUCAAACAUGUUCUCCGAGUAGCUUGAAUAUCUUUGAGUAGCUCGAAUUACAUUGAGUAGUGCCAAUAUAUUCGAGUAGUUUAAAUAUCUUCAAAGAGCUUAAAAAUGUUCUUCGAGUAACUCGAAUAUCUUUCAGUGGCUCGAAUAUGUUUGAGUAGCUCGAAAAUCUUUGACUAGCUUGAAUAUCUUCGAGUAGCUCGAAUAUCUUCGAGUAGCUCGAAUAUCUUUGAGUAGUGCCAAUAUAUUCAAGUAGCUUGAAUAUCUUCAAGGAGCUCAAAAAUGUUUUCCGAGUAGCUCGAAUAUUUCGAGUAGCUCGAAUAUCUUUGAGUAGCUCGAAUAUCUUUGAGUAGUUUGAAUAUCUUUGAGCAGUUCAAAUAACUGCGAGUACUUGAAUAUCUUCGAGUAGCUUGAAUAUCUUCGAGUAGCUCGAAUAUCUUCGUGUAGCUCGAAUAUCUUCGAGUAGCCAGAAUAUCUUCGAGUAGCUCGAAUAUCUUCGAGUAGCUCGAAUAUCUUCGAGUAGCUCGAAUAUCUUCGAGUAACUCGAAUAUCUUUCAGUGGCUCGAAUAUGUUUGAGUAGCUCGAAAAUCUUUGACUAGCUUGAAUAUCUUCGAGUAGCUUGAAUAUCUUCAAGGAGCUCAAAAAUGUUCUCCGAGUAGCUCGAAUAUCUUCAAGUUGCUCGAAUAUCUUUGAGUAGUGCCAAUAUAUUCAAGUAGCUUGAAUAUCUUCAAGGAGCUCAAAAAUGAUUUCCGAGUAGCUCGAAUAUUUCGAGUAGCUCGAAUAUCUUUGAGUAGCACGAAUAUCUCUGAGUACUUGAAUAUCUUCGAGUAGCUUGAAUAUCUUCGAGUAGCUCGAAUAUCUUCGUGUAGCUCGAAUAUCUUCGAGUAGCCAGAAUAUCUUCGAGUAGCUCGAAUAUCUUCGAGUAGCUCGAAUAUCUUCGAGUAGCUCGAAUAUCUUUGAGUAGCCAGAAUAUCUUCGAGUAGCUCGAAUAUCUUUGAGUAGCUCGAAUAUCUUCGAGUAGCUCGAAUAUUCUGGAGUGGCAAGAGCAGUUCCGAACAUUUCAUGUGUUCGAUUCAAAUGUUCGAAUUCAUAUAGUCCAAUGCUUGAACACUUUAACGCACUAAUAAUAAAAUUUCAAACCUAAAACCUAUUAAUCUUUAACCUUUUGAGAUGAAAUACAAAUAUAAAUUUUAUGAAGCAUACAUAUGUGGCAGCAUAACCCAACUAACUACAUUGAGCAAGUUUCUUCUCAUUAUCAGCAAUUAGACUUUUAACUACAAAAACAUAAAAUAUAUUAUAUAUAUAUAUAUAUAUAUAAGAUUGUAAUAAAUACAUUU